UAAAUUAUAGAGGGGUCUGAUUUUUGCACAGUCGGUAUUUCAGAACAUAGGACACAAAGGCCUAUUAAAUGUUAGGUCUAUCCUGUACCUCGUCUGUGGUAUCGUUCGCUUAUGUUUUCAUUGCAAUCUCUCUAGCAAUUUCUUCGUAAAAAAAUAACAUCUUAUUAUAGGCUAAUAAUGACGACUAACAUAAGUGACACCAAUUUAACGGAUUUAAGUAGAAUAUCUGCUUCAUCCAAGAUGGAAUCAUGUGAAGCAGGACCUUUAGUUUUAUACUCAACUGCACAAGCAUGGGCAGCUCAGUUUCAUCGCAGUCUUAUGCCUACCAGGGUAUCAGAAUCGUCCGAUGAAGAGGAUUUUUCUCAAUAUCAGUUUGAAGAUGACUUGGAGUACCUUAGAUCAUUGGACCCAAAGGAGUGGAGAGAUCAAGAUCAUUACGCUGUUUUAGGCUUGAAAAAGCUUAGGCACAAAGCAACCGAAGAUAUUAUAAAAAGGGCUUAUAAGCAGAAAAUUCUGAAACAUCAUCCCGAUAAGCGGAAGGCCAUGGGAGAGGAAAUUCGACCAGACGACGAUUACUUCACCUGCAUAACACGGGCUUGGGAAAUUUUAGGGAACCCUGCAAAGCGUCGGAGUUACGACAGUGUGGAUCCAUAUUUUAGCGACGAAUUACCGGACGAAAAAGAUUGUAAAAAUAAUUUUUACGCGAUUAUGGGUAAAGCAUUUAAGGAAAAUGCUAGAUGGUCUACAAAAAAGCCCGUACCACGUUUAGGUGGAUCAGAUACACCUAGAGAUAAAGUAGAAAAAUUUUAUUCGUUUUGGUAUGAUUUUGACUCGUGGCGCGAAUAUUCUUAUUUAGACGAAGAAGACAAAGAAAGUGGUCAAGACCGAGAUAUGCGUAAAUGGAUCGAGAAGAAGAAUAAAGCAACUCGUGCGAAACGAAAGAAGGAAGAAAUGGCACGUAUACGUACAUUGGUUGAUAUGGCUUAUAAUAUCGAUCCUAGAAUAAAAAAAUUCCAGCAGGAAGAUAAAGAUAAGAAAACAGCAGCAAAAAAAGCGAAACAAGAAGCGGCAAAAGCAAGACAGCAAGAAGAAGAAAGAAUAGCGCGAGAUGCAGCAGAAAAGGAACGAUUAGAAAGAGAAAAGCGAGAGAUCGAAGAGAAAGCAAAACUGGAUGCGCUUAAACAAGAAAGAGAAGCACAAAAGAAAGCACUUCGUAAAGAAAGAAAAGCGUUGAGAGAUUUUUGCAAAGCUAACAAUUACUUUGCUCAAAAUUCGGAAGAAAAUAUUAAGCAUAUGGAAAGUGUUGAAAAAAUUUGUGAACUUUUUAAAUUAGUUCAAUUGGAGGAAGCGAUGAAGAAAUUGCAGGCUGAGGGUAGGAUAGCAUUUCUAAAUAUUAUGGAAGAAACUGAAAAAAAAAUAGAAGCAGAACGUAGAGCUGGUGUUAUUUCAAAUGAUAUGAGAAACACGCCGGAAAAGCAAGUAAAAUCUCACACUGCUCCAUGGAAUGAAAAUGAUUUACAACUUCUGAUUAAAGCGGUGAAUUUAUUUCCGGCUGGAACAAAUCAACGUUGGGAGGUAGUUGCAAAUUUUAUUAAUCAGCAUAGUACAUCUUCUACUGGAAUUACACGCGAUGCGAAAGAGGUUCUCGCAAAAGCUAAAGAUCUACAAUCGACAGAUUUUAGUAGAUCUAGUCUAAAAGAGCAAGCAAACAAAAAGGCGUACGAUAAUUUUAUUGCCGAGAAGAAAACAAAGGAAUCGAUCGAAGAUAGAAUGCCAGCAGUUACAGAACGUUUAGAUCACCCUAUUUUGAAUGGUAUUAAUUCUGAACAAAAGAAAGAGUCGCAGCCUUGGACUCCAGCAGAGCAGAAACUUUUGGAACAAGCUUUAAAGACUUAUCCUACGAGUGUGCCUGAUAGAUGGGAUCAGAUAGCUGCUUGUAUUCCAACUAGGACAAAAAAAGAAUGUAUGAGAAGGUAUAAGGAGCUGGUCGAACUUGUCAAAGCAAAAAAGGCUGCACAAGUGAUGAAAUAAUAUUAGUCUGUCCUUAUUAUGAAAUUUUUUUUAACUUAUUAAAUUCGAAUACAAAGAAAUAAGUUUGGAAGACGAAUUGAAUUUUAGCUUUUUCCGAACGUCGGCUAUUGUAUAUACUUGUGCCUUGUUUUAAUUUGUACAUGCACAGUUUGCAACAAGAAUUCUAGAAAUUUUCUGCUACUUAUACGCAAGAAAGCAAUUUACCGCACUUAGUGACUGUACAUUUAUCGCAGAUGUUAAAUGCAUGGAAAAUUGUGGUCCCAAGGUUCAAAUUGACGCUCCUGAAAAUAAAUUUUUUUUUCUUUUUUUUUUUUUUUUUUU